AUGAAACUUGAUUGUAUUCUAAUAAUUUUAACAUUUAACGCGAUAUUUUGGAGUUUAAUUAAUUCUGUUAAAAAUAAUAAAAAUCAAAAUGAGUUAACUAGAGUUGGGGAAACCUCAAAGGAGAACGAUGGGGCUGAAUCUUCGGUUAAUGCUCAAAUUCAAAAAGAUGAAAAAACGUUAAAUCCUAAACCUAAAAUUGCAAAAAAGGUCACAACAAAAGGUAAUCGUCAAGAAGAAAAGAAGCUUAAUAAAAGUGAAAAUGAUAAGGAAAAGAGACGAGAAGCUGACCGUAAGUAUCGAGCAAAAAAUAAGGAGAAAAGGCGAGAAUACGACCGAAAAUACCGAGAAAAUAAUAGAGAAAAGAAGCGGGAAUAUGACCGAAAACGUCGAGAAAAUAAUAAAGAAAAGUUGAAAGAAUAUAGCCGAAAAUACAGAGAAAAAAGGAAAAAUAAAAAAGAAAACUUAAAAAAUGUUGAUCCAAAAGUAGGAAAUAUUCAUUCUGAUAAUAAUGAAAAAACUUCUUUUGUUAAUACACAGAAUGAUGAUUUUAGAAAUAAAGGUAAAUUGCCAAUAUUUUACGAAGAGAACAUUCAUUUUGAAGAAAAAUGUCUUUUUAAUCAAGAGGAGGAAGAAACAGAAACUCAUAUGGAAGAGCAAAAUCGAACUGUGGUGGAAGAGCCAACUAAAAUUAAUACCAUAAAUCAGACAGAUUCAGAUGAGGAAGAUUAUCUUCGUUAUCUGAACGAUAAACCUUAUGAUGAAGAUGAGGACGUUUGA